GGCGUCGCCCGCCCGAAGCAGAGGACGAGGCUGCAGAUGGCCUCGUCUCCGGCCUUAGCUUUGGAUCUUUCUCUGCUUUCGCUCGACAAAAUCCAAAGUCUUUAAAAGUGGGGACCCAGCCAGAGUCGGCGACUCACGGUGACGAGGCUCUCCGUCUUCUUUACGCAGCUGCACAACUUUCAAGGAUAAGCCUCCACCAUCAAUACCUUCAUCGAUGUGGGCUUGCUGGGCCUCAUCACAAGAUGGGCCUUCCGCCUAAUCGAGCUCUCAUCCAGCAACAGCUGCGGGCUGCUCGCUUUUAUGAGUUGAGGAGGCUGCAACUGAUGAAGGAGCAGUGGGCUGCGAAGAACCGCUGCAGAUUUUCGAGAAAUGAUGGGUGUGGAGAUGAGAUGGGCCUAAUUGGGCCGCCGCUUCAGAAGCUGGCCCAACAGGAGCCUUCUGUGAGAGCCGUGUUUGUCGGUCGGAGGGAGUCUAAAGGGACAGGCGUCUUCAUUCCACGCCGAGCAGGAGCCCAGACUGAGCCCAAGAGGAAUCCUGCUUGCUCGACUGUUUUGUUACCGGUUGGGGUUGGUAAUGCGCUCAACAUGAAGGGCGUAAACGAGAUGUGGAAUGAGGGGAAACGGUCGCCGCUCGGCCCACAACGGGCCGCAUUUUCGGCCCACGAUGCUCGUCUUCCCCAGGAGUGGACCUACUGAUUGAUGAUUGAUUUCUCUCGUGGUCAUGUACGCAAUUUGGAAAGGUUGGAGGAGGUUAUAAAGAAAAAGUUCUCAGUAGGAAUAGUUACCUUUUGUUAUUUUACAUAGAUUUGUUUUUUUAAAAAAAAAAAAAUUACCGGCUCAAGUUACGAUUUUGCAGUAGGUGCCCUUUUGGUUUUUGUUGCUUCUGUUCUAUUAUUACUUGGGCAGGGAACCGGAAAUAAUAACAAUGAAGUGGAGGGGGUAUUUUGUUAAUGUUGUCAGGGGUUUGUUGGUCUAAGUGCUGUAGCGGAGGGUAGUUUUGCAAUAAAGUUUUGGCUGUGUGGUGUAAAAGAAAUAUGAUGAUGGCAGUUGAUGGAAAAUGAAAUGUAGCACGAGUAAUGAAAGUUCAUGUGGGCUGCA